CUGCGCGGCCGCGGGGCGUUCUCGGUGCGCCGGGCCCGUGGUGAGCAGGGCUCCAGUGGCCGCGUGCUAGGACGAGGGUGGAGCCCUGUUAGGAAGAAUGGAGUUGGCGACUCGCUCCCAGAUACCUAAAGAAGUGGCUGACAUUUUUAACGCCCCCAGUGAUGAUGAAGAUUUCGUCGGCUUCCGAGAUGAUGUUCCCAUGGAAACCCUCUCAUCAGAAGAGAGCUGUGAUAGUUUUGACUCACUGGAGUCAGGGAAAAAGGUACAAUGCUUCCUCGGGCAGCAGGAUGUGCAUUUCCAUUCCAAGUACUUCACGGAAGAGCUGAGAAAAAUUUUUGUAGAGGACACUGACUCAGAGACGGAAGAUUUUGAAGGAUUUUCCCAGAGCGAUCUGAACGUAAACAGUGACCCAGAAAUAACGCUUGUGGAGUCAAACUUGAGUGAUGACAGCAAAGCAUCUUUAGUGAGUGAGGAAGAGCAAGAUGAAGAGGAAGAAAAGGCUACACCCAGAAGAAGCAGGCCUAGAAGAAGCAAUAUCGCUCUUCGAGUAGCCUUUCCGUUCCCCACCAAGAAAUUGGCAAAUCAGCCAGAUAAGAAAAACAGCUCCUCUGAGCCAUUGCAUUCUAGCUCGUGCUUACAGGACAGUAAAAAGACAGUUCUGGGAAGACAGAAGAGCUGCAGACAGAGGAAGCAGUGGGAAGAUUCUGCCUCUGAGUCCGAGGAUGACUCCAGGGAUGAGGGCCAGGACAGCUCAGAUGCCCUGCUGAAGAGGACCAUGAAUAUCAAGGAGAACAAAGCCAUGCUUGCUCAGUUACUGGCGGAGUUGAAUUCUAUGCCAGAUUUCUUCCCAGUACGAACCCCAAGCUCGACUUUGAAGAAGAAAACUGUGAGGCGGGCCUUCUCGGAGGGACAGAUCCCGCGGCGCACGAACCCCGCCCGGAGCGCGCGGCCUCCGGAGAAGUUUGCGCUGGAGAACUUCACUGUCUCAGCUGCCAAAUAUGCAGAAGAGUUUUACAGUUUCAGAAGAAGGAAGACAAUUAGUGGGGCGAGAUGCCAGGGGUAUAAACGACGUUGCCGUGUCUCUUCUUUCCGACCAGUGGAGGAUAUCACUGAAGAGGACUUAGAAAACGUGGCCAUAACUGUCCGAGAUAAAAUCUAUGAUAAAGUUCUGGGCAACACUUGCCAUCAGUGUCGGCAGAAGACCAUUGACACCAAGACAGUGUGUCGGAACCAGGGCUGUGGUGGAGUGAGGGGACAGUUCUGUGGGCCGUGCCUGCGGAACCGCUACGGGGAGGAUGUGAGAUCUGCUCUGCUGGACCCGGAUUGGAUGUGUCCUCCUUGCCGUGGGAUCUGCAAUUGCAGCUACUGUCGGAAGCGUGAUGGCCGCUGUGCCACAGGGAUCCUCAUUCAUUUGGCCAAGUUCUAUGGUUAUGAUAAUGUUAAGGAAUAUCUGGAGAGCUUACAAAAGCAGCUGGUAGAAGAUAAUUAAGAGGAAAAAGGAACCAGUCAACUCAACAUCGAGUACUCCAGCAAGACACGUCAUGCCACUUGUGCCUAAGAUUUCCUACGG